AUGCCAGAAGAGCUGCUCGAGGCGCUGGACGGCUUCUUCCUGGCGGCAGAGUACGGUCGGUCCGACGUCAUUAAGGCUCUGGCUGAUCACAGUCGUGGUCGUCUGUCGCUCGCGGAUGUGGUAGACCCCGUGACGGGUCGCUCCCCUCUACACGUGGCGGUAGCAAGCGGUAAGAAGGACGCGCUUCGAGUUCUCUUGGCUGCUGGCUUCCCCCCAACGCAUCAGAGCAAGAGCGAUAUGGGUACAGAAGCAGAAAAUCGGUCUGCUUAUGCGUUGGCUCAAAAACUGAAGGCUCAGGAUUUACUGGUGGUGUUCCAUCAGUUUCUGAUUCAACAAGCUGCAGCCAAUGACGUGCCGAGUGUGAACCAGUUGCUGGCUUCCGGAGUGGACGUGGGUGUCCGAGACGAAGCUACUGGAGGAUCGUUGCUGCACUGGGCGGCGUCCUGUCAAGCUGUGGACGUGAUGAAGGAGCUGCUAAAGAGAGAAGAUGUACAGAGACUCAAGCUGGUGAACGCACGCAAUGGAGAAGGUGCCACGCCGCUGCACUUGGCGUGUCAGGCAAACCAAGUGGAGUGUGUAGAGAUGUUGCUGAGGGAUCGUGCAGACGUGAGUUUAACAGGUGACAAGGGGUUUAGUAAGGAUAAAACAGCACCGGAGCUGGCUACUAAGCCAGCGGUGCUGGAGUUGUUUUCUCGAAAGUGUGAGAUGAUUGACGCUGACAACAAGCCGGAGGAAAUUCAGGUGGACGGUGCAAAUAGAGGAAACGAAGGGGAGCGUGUAGCGACGCUGAUGGCAACACAAGAUGGACAAGGUGCAUCAGGGGCUGAUGUGCACGAAGUCCGGAAUGAGUCUUUGCUGUUGCAGCUUGAAGAGAAGGAUUUGCUGGUAAAACAGCUAAAAACGACUAUUGAAGCGCUUGUGCAGGAACGGCAAGAAACACGGAUGCUUGGAGAAGAGCGUGUUAUGCUAGAUUAUGUCCGUAAGCUGCGCGAGGAAAAGUCGAUCAUUCAGAGGCAGCUGGAGGAUGCCAACGAUUACAUAAAAGGCCAACAACUACAACUGGCAAGUUUGAAAAAGCAGAUCCAAUUGACAAUGUCAGCGGCCGGCAAAGAGCUUGAGACUGACCGCGACAUUUUCUCCCAAACUAGUGAUGCCGCCACAACCGGUUCCGCAAUCAGUCCUCCGGAUAGCAGCCACAGCAGUACGAACCUUGUGAAUUCGUAUCAAGCUGAAACACAACCGAAUAAAGGUAGCAGACCAGAGGGACCCCAUGUGCAACCGCUGAAGCUGGAUGCCUGGACGUCCAAGGCGCAGCGCGAGCAGGAAACCUUGAAUCGACACAUUGACAAGCACGGCCCUGGUAUUUGGAGUACUGUAUGGAACGGUCUCUGGGUUGGACCUGGCGAGUUGUCGCAGGACACAGAGGACGAGGUUGUUAUAACGGUGUGA